AUGCUCGAAGAUCAACAUGGACGGACGGCAAACCCGGUCGAUCUGGAGGAAACCAUUGGUAUGGCGCGACAAACUGUUGACGGCACGCCAAAAGACCACCCAGACCGCGCAGGUAAGUUGAAUAGGCUCGGAGCCUUGCUUGGCCGUCGGUAUGAGCGGACGGGAGCGAUGACCGACCUAAAGGAAGCCAUUGAUAUGGCAAAACAAGCGGUCGCCGCGACGCCCAAAGACCACCCAGACCGCGCAGGCAGGUUGAACAACCUCGGAGUUAUGCUCGAAAGUCGAUACGAGCGAACAGGAAACCUUGUCGAACUGGAGGAAAGCGUUGCCUUGGCUGAACAAGCAGUCGCCGCAACGCCCAAAGACCACCCAGAUCGCGCAAUGAGGUUAAGCAACCUCGGAAACAACCUUGGUCGCCGGUAUGAGCGGACUGGAGCGAUGACCGACCUAGAGGAAGCUAUUAACGCACUUCGACAAGCGGUCGCUACCACGCCCGAUGGCCACUCUAACCGCGCAACGUUGUUAAGCAACCUCGGUGUCUGGCUGGGCAGUCGGUAUAAGCUGACUGGAGCGAUGACUGACCUGGAAGAAGCCAUUGAUAUGGGUGAACAAGCGGUCGCCACAACACCUGAAGGCCACCCAGAUCGCGCAAUGUGGUUAAGCAACCUUGGAAGCAGGCUUGAGAGUCGGUACGAACGGACGGGAGCAAUGGUCGACCUAGAGGAAGCCGUUAAUAUGGCUAAACAAGCGGUGGCGGCCACGCCCAAAGACCACCCAGACCGCGCAAUGUGGUUAAACAACCUCGGAAACAAGCUUGGUCGUCAGUAUGAACGCACGGGAGCGAUGACCGACUUGGAGGAAGCCAUUAGCAUAACUCGACAAGCGGUCGCCACAACGCCCGAGAACCACCUCAACCGCGGAACGUGCCUGAACAACCUCGGGAACAAGCUUGAGAGUCGGUAUGAGCGGACUGGAGCGAUGACCGACCUAGAGGAAGCCAUUAGCGUAACUCGACAAGCGGUCGCCGCCACGCCCGAAGACCACCCAGACCGCGCCACGUGCCUGGGCAACAUCUGGAACAAGCUUAAGAGUAGGUAUGAACGAACCGAAGCCAUUACCUACCUAGAGGAAGCCAUUAGCGUAACUCGACAAGCGGUCGCCGCAACGCCCGAAGGCCACACUAAGCGCGCAAUGUGGUUAAGCAACCUCGGAAACAACCUUGGUCGCCGGUAUGAGCGGACUGGAGCGAUGACCGACCUAGAGGAAGCUAUUAACGCACUUCGACAAGCGGUCGCUACCACGCCCGAUGGCCACUCUAACCGCGCAACGUUGUUAAGCAACCUCGGUGUCUGGCUGGGCAGUCGGUAUAAGCUGACUGGAGCGAUGACUGACCUGGAAGAAGCCAUUGAUAUGGGUGAACAAGCGGUCGCCACAACACCUGAAGGCCACCCAGAUCGCGCAAUGUGGUUAAGCAACCUUGGAAGCAGGCUUGAGAGUCGGUACGAACGGACGGGAGCAAUGGUCGACCUAGAGGAAGCCGUUAAUAUGGCUAAACAAGCGGUGGCGGCCACGCCCAAAGACCACCCAGACCGCGCAAUGUGGUUAAACAACCUCGGAAACAAGCUUGGUCGUCAGUAUGAACGCACGGGAGCGAUGACCGACUUGGAGGAAGCCAUUAGCAUAACUCGACAAGCGGUCGCCACAACGCCCGAGAACCACCUCAACCGCGGAACGUGCCUGAACAACCUCGGGAACAAGCUUGAGAGUCGGUAUGAGCGGACUGGAGCGAUGACCGACCUAGAGGAAGCCAUUAGCGUAACUCGACAAGCGGUCGCCGCAACGCCCGAAGGCCACACUAAGCGCGCAAUGUGGUUAAGCAACCUCGGAAACAAGCUUGAGAGUCGGUAUGAGCGGACUGGAGCGAUGACCGACCUAGAGGAAGCCAUUAGCGUAACUCGACAAGCGGUCGCCGCCACGCCCGAAGACCACCCAGACCGCGCCACGUGCCUGGGCAACAUCUGGAACAAGCUUAAGAGUAGGUAUGAACGAACCGAAGCCAUUACCUACCUAGAGGAAGCCAUUAGCGUAACUCGACAAGCGGUCGCCGCCAUGCCCGAAGACCACCCAGACCGCGCAGUCAGGUUGAACAACCUCGGAGUUAUGCUCGAAAGUCAAUACAAGCGAACGGGAAACGUUUUCGAACUGGAGGAAAGCGUUGCCUUGGCUGAACAAGCAGUCGCCGCAACUCCCGAAGGCCACCCUAAGCGCGCAAUGUGGUUAAGCAACCUCGGAAGCAGGCUUGAGAGUCGGUAUGAACGGACUGGAGCAAUGACCGACUUGGAGAAAGCCAUUGAUAUGGCCAAACAAGCGGUUGCCGCGACGUCCAAAGACCACCCAGACCGCGCGACAUGCCUGAGCAACCUCGGGAACAAGCUGAAGAGUCGCUAUGAACGAACGGGGGCCAUAACCUACCUAGAGGAAGCCAUUAGCGUAACUCGACAAGCGGUCGCCGCCACACCCGCCGACCACCCAGAUCGCGCAACACGGUUCGACAGCCUCGCAACCGGUCUUGCCCGCCGCUGCAAACGUACUGGAGCCAUGAUGGACCUAAAGGAAGCCAUUGAUAUGGCUAAACAAGCGGUCGCCGCGACGCCCAAAGACCACCCAGACCGCGCAGGCAGGUUGAACAACCUCGGAGUUAUGCUCGAAAGUCGAUACGAGCGAACAGGAAACCUUGUCGAACUGGAGGAAAGCGUUGCCUUGGCUGAACAAGCAGUCGCCGCAACGCCCAAAGACCACCCAGAUCGCGCAAUGAGGUUAAGCAACCUCGGAAACAACCUUGGUCGCCGGUAUGAGCGGACUGGAGCGAUAACCGACCUAGAGGAAGCUAUUAGCGCACUUCGACAAGCGGUCGCUACCGCGCCCGACGGCUACUCUAACCGCGCAGCGUUGUUAAGCAGCCUCAGUAUCUGGCUGGGCGGUCGGUAUGAGCGGACUGGAGCGAUGACUGACCUGGAAGAAGCCAUUGAUAUGGGUGAACAAGCGGUCGCUGCCACAUGCAAAGACCACCCAGAUCGCGCAAUGUGGUUAAGCAACCUCGGAAGCAGGCUUGAGAGUCGGUACGAACGGACGGGAGCUAUGGCCAACUUGGAGGAAGCCGUUGAUAUGGCUAAACAAGCGGUGGCGGCCACUCCCAAAGACCACCCAGAUCGCGCAAUUAGGUUAAACAGCCUCGGAAACAAGCUUAGUCGUCGGUAUGAGCGGAAUGGGGCGAUAGACGACCUAGAGGAAGCCAUUAGCGUACUUCGACAAGCGGUCGCUACCACGCCCGACAACCAACCAGACCGCGCAUUAUGGUUAAGCAACCUCGGUUCCUCGCUGGGCAGUCGGUAUGAACGAACUGGAGCGAUGACGGACCUGGAGGAGGCGAUUGACGUGACUCGAGAAGUGGUCGCUCGCACACCCGAGAAACACCCCAACCGCGGAACGUACCUGAACAACCUCGGGAACAGGCUUGAGAGUCGGUAUGAGCGAACUGGAGCGAUGACCGACUUGGAGGAAGCCAUAGGCGUGGCCGAAAAAGCGGUCGCCGCAACACCCGAAAACCACCCUGAGCGCGCAAUGUGGUUAAGCAACCUCGGAAACAAGCUUGAGAGUCGGUAUGAACGGACGGGAGCAUUAGACGACCUUGAUGCCGCCUCUAUUCAUCUCCAGAAUGCUUGGAAUAAUACCAUGGCCAUUCCAUUUCACCGUGUUAAGGCCGCUGCUCAGUGUAUCAAGCUGCUUGUCGUCCAACACAACAUCGAUGUUGCCGUACGGCUUGGGGAAGGUGUUAUCCAACUGCUUCCAGCUGUUAACACAAGAGACCUCGACCGCAACGACCAGCAAUACGUCGUAUCGACCUUUGCAGGAGUAGCUGCGGAUCUCUGUGCUUUGCUCUUGGCAUCGAACAAGUUUGACGAUGCUCUGCAAUACCUAGAAGCAGGCCGGGCAGUAAUUUUAAGUGAACUGAUAGAACGUAGGAGCUAUGUGUCCGACCUGGAACAGCCUGGCAUCGCCCGCCGGUAUGAAGAACUCCGUGACGAAGUCAACGCCCCUUUACGCGGCCUAGAAGGUGCCGCAAGAGAGCAAGCGCUAAAGCAGCGCCAACAAUCUAUUUUGGAUUUAAAUACCUGCAUAAACGAGAUCAGAACCAUUCCAGGCCACGAACGAUUCCUACUUAGUCAGACGACGGCCGAUAUGCAAAAGUGCGCCGCUGGGGGCACUAUCGUGGUCGUUAACAUCACGGAAAUUGGGAGCGAUGCCAUUAUCAUCACCCCUGUGGUAGUCAAGGCAAUUAGCCUGUCAGCGUUGUCGCCAUCUGACGCGAUGGCUUGGUUGAGCAAGGACUUCCCUGGCCCAAGACCCCUGCGUGCAGAGAAAAAUCGGGAUUAUUUGGCGUUUCUUACCUGGCUUUGGGAGUCUUGUGUCGAGCAGAUCCUGGAUGAGGUGCGCGCUCUCCAAGAUCCGUCAGAAAAUGACGUCUUGAGAGUGUGGUGGAUUGGAAGCGGCCUUGCCAGCUCGAUGCCUUUCCAUGCGGCCGGGAAGCACCGUGCAGGUUCGACCGAGACGGCUUAUCAUAAAACUGUAUCGUCGUACGCCCCGUCGAUCAAAGCGUUGACCCAUGCUCGGAAAAUAGCCAAAGAAUCAGCGACGGCAAAUGGUUCGCUUUUGGUUGUUUCCAUGCCGACAACGCCCGUUGAAGAGGGCCAAAGGGCAUUUUCUAGGCUUCCUGGCGCAACAGAGGAGAAGGACAUUGUGCUGGGAGUGACCAGGGGACACCUCGAAGCACAGAACAUGGAGCAACCCAGCGUCUGUCAGGUGCUAGACGAGCUUCGACGAUGCUCUGUAGCACACUUCGCGUGCCACGGAUCGACAGACCAUAUAGAUCCGUCCCAAAGCGGACUGAUAUUGCAGAGGCAAAGAGACGUCCGUGAUGGCGGAGCUGGGCCGGUGCAGGACAGGCUCACGGUUGGAAGAAUCUCGGAAAUUACCCUUCAUCACGCGCGGCUGGCUUACCUGUCGGCCUGCUCGACUGCGCAGAACAAGGCAGAGCGGUUGUCCGAUGAGGUCAUCCACGUUGUGAGCGGUUUCCUGGUGGCCGGCUUCCCGCACGUUGUCGGUAGUCUAUGGCCAUCGAAUGACAGGGUCUGCGUGGAUGUGGCGAGUGGGUUCUACUCGCAUCUCUUUGAGCAAGGGGAGUUGAGGUGGCACGAUGACCAGAUAGCGACAGCCCUGAGGGAGACAGUGAUGGAGGUUAGAGCAGGAGACAUGGACAUGCCGCUGAAUUGGGCGCAGUUUGUUCACUACGGACCCUAA